AUGGUCAAAUGGGGCGACCGCGAGCUGAUACAGCCAGAGGCAGGGGCCACAGCCUCACUGCUGCUGCUGGAGACGCCAAAGACACCUCGUGGGUUGGGGGCGGUGUCACAUCUCUGCAGAGACAUGAUCCAGGACCAGAGCCUUAUUCCCAAGGUCACCGCGACUAACACCACGCAGAUUCUAGAGGAGCCCCAGGCUCGGGUUAUGUAUGAUUUUGCUGCUGAACCUGGAAAUAAUGAACUGACAGUUAAUGAAGGAGAAAUCAUCACAAUUACAAAUCCGGAUGUUGGUGGAGGAUGGCUGGAAGGAAGAAACAGCAAAGGAGAACGAGGGCUUGUUCCCACAGACUACGUUGAGAUUUUGCCCAGUGAUGGAAAAGAUCAGUUUUCUUGUGGAAAUUCAGUGGCUGACCAAGCCUUCCUCGAUUCCCUCUCAGCAAGUACAGCUCAAGCCAGUUCCUCAGCUGCCAGCAGUAACAACCAGGUGGAUGUUUUGGCUCAGAUUGGUCGUAUUGAAAGUCUCAGCCAAUCACCACCUCCUUCUCCUUCCAUAAAUAAGGUCAGCAGUGGCAAUGACCCCUGGUCAGCCUGGAAUGCUUCCAAAUCUGGAAACUGGGAAAGCUCGGAUGGCUGGGGAGCCAAGCCCGAGGGGACUGCAGCCCAAAGAAACACCUCCAACAACUGGGACACUGCCUUUGGUCAUCCCCAGGCCUACCAGGGACCAGCAACUGGUGACGAUGAUGACUGGGAUGAAGACUGGGAUGAGCCCAAGUCGUCUUCUCCCUACUUCAAGGAUUCAGAGUCAGCGGAAGCAGGCGGUGCCCAGCGAGGAAACAGCCGUGCCGGCAGCUCCUCCAUGAAGCUGCCGCUUAACAAAUUUCCUGGAUUUGCAAAACCUGGAAUGGAACAGUAUUUGUUGGCCAAGCAACUAGCAAAACCCAAAGAGAAAAUUCCUAUCAUUGUUGGAGAUUAUGGCCCAAUGUGGGUUUAUCCUACCUCUACAUUUGACUGUGUGGUAGCAGAUCCCAGGAAAGGCUCCAAAAUGUACGGUCUGAAGAGCUACAUUGAAUAUCAGUUAACACCUACUAACACUAAUCGAUCUGUAAACCACAGGUAUAAGCACUUUGACUGGUUAUAUGAGCGUCUACUGGUAAAGUUUGGGUCAGCCAUUCCAAUCCCUUCUCUUCCAGAUAAGCAAGUCACAGGUCGCUUUGAAGAAGAGUUUAUCAAGAUGCGCAUGGAGAGGCUUCAGGCGUGGAUGACCAGGAUGUGUCGUCACCCAGUAAUCUCAGAAAGUGAGGUUUUCCAGCAAUUUCUAAAUUUCCGAGAUGAAAAGGAAUGGAAAACUGGGAAAAGGAAGGCUGAGAAAGAUGAGCUGGUGGGAGUUAUGAUAUUUUCCACCAUGGAACCAGAGGCACCUGACCUGGACUUAGUAGAAAUAGAACAGAAGUGUGAUGCUGUCGGUAAAUUCACCAAAGCCAUGGAUGAUGGCGUGAAGGAGCUGCUCACCGUGGGGCAGGAGCACUGGAAGCGGUGCACGGGACCAUUACCCAAGGAAUAUCAGAAGAUAGGCAAGGCCUUACAGAGUUUAGCAACAGUCUUCAGCUCUAGUGGUUAUCAAGGUGAAACAGAUCUCAAUGACGCAAUAACAGAAGCAGGAAAGACCUACGAAGAAAUUGCCAGUCUUGUGGCAGAACAGCCAAAGAAAGAUCUCCAUUUCCUGAUGGAAUGUAAUCAUGAAUAUAAAGGUUUCCUUGGCUGCUUCCCUGACAUUAUUGGCGCUCACAAGGGAGCAAUAGAAAAAGUGAAAGAAAGUGAUAAACUUGUUGCAACUAGUAAGAUCACCCCACAGGACAAACAGAACAUGGUGAAGCGUGUUGGGACAAUGUCUUAUUCUUUGCAAGCUGAGAUGAAUCACUUCCACAGUAACCGGAUCUAUGACUACAACAGCGUCAUCCGCCUGUACCUGGAGCAGCAGGUGCAGUUCUAUGAGACGAUUGCGGAAAAGCUGAGGCAGGCCCUCGGUCGCUUCCCGGUGAUGUAGGACAGAACAAACGUGAAGAAACGCCGAAGUGCUUCCUUCUGACUUGGGGCAACGCAAUUUAAUUUUCUCCCUCCAUCAUCCAAAAAGAAAAAGAAAGAAAGAAAGAGAAAACCAAAAAGAAAUAGAGUUGGAAAAAACUACAUUUCCUUUAUUAAGCGCCUAAAUGCAUCAGUUCUUUAGGGAUAGUCUUUUG